AUGCCAGACACUUGCAUAGUGUGUCUAGGAGACCUUGGCGAUGGCGCCAGCGAGCCUCCUUCUCUUCGUUCCGUCGUCGACGCCCUCCCGCCAAGACCUGUCAAUAGUGACGAAGCUCCGGUGCUAGAGGUUGUGGUGAAAUCCCCACAGAUGGACUUGGACCCUGAUUCGGGGAAAAUUGCCCAUCUUCUUCCUUGUGGUCAUAAUCUUCAUGACGACUGUCUAAAACCUUGGGUAGAGAGGGCGAAUAGCUGCCCCAUAUGCCGGCAAAACUUCAAUAUGGUGGAGCUAACGCAUACUGUUGGAGGUCCCGUUGUUUCGACAUAUUGUGUCCAGGACCGUGUGCAGGUUGCGGAGAUUGACCCCUCGAUGAUAAUGGACGAUCUCGGAGAUGAGUCCGAUUCACAACCAUGUCCAAUUUGUGGAUACAGUGAUAAUGAAGACGUCCUUCUCCUCUGCGAUGGUUGUGAUGUUGCCAUCCAUACCUACUGUGUCGGACUGGAUUCCGUCCCCUCCGGCCCAUGGCACUGUUCCCAAUGCGAAACACAACGGCCUAUCUCAGCGGUAGGCCAACGUAUACCGAAUCGGUCCGGCCGCCGCACCCGCAGUGAUCAGAGGAGAACGCGCAGUCGGAAUCAGAUGCAUGCAUUUCAUUGGGCCCGUGUUUGGCAAACUGUCUGGGAUCACCUCAACCUAGAUCUAGACUUUCCUUUCGACGACGAACAAGCGAACAGCCGCAGUGCUGAACAGCAAAGACGCGAAGCUAAUAAUCGCAGAGAAUUUCGUGCUUGGGAACGUCGCUUUCAGAUUGCUGAGCGCCAGGGGGCGGCUAACCGAUUUAGAGAUACUGCGUCAGCGCUUCUCGAAAUCGGACGAGGUUGGCCCUCUAGACCUAGGCAAAGGGUUGAGACCCCAGAGCCCGAGUCCCUGGACGAAGUAAGGGCCUGGAACGCAUUCGAAAGAGCAAGGGAAAUACAGGACGAUCCCUGCUCGAAUCGUCGAAAACGCAAGUCCCCGACUGCUUCGCCCUUUGAACCACAGCCGCCACAGCCCGAGCGGAAAUUGAAACGCCCCCGAACGAGACGGCCGGAAGCUCUUGCUGCUGACUUUCUUGAUCACGGGGGUGAGUCUUCCAGAUCUGGAAGAUCAGCUAACGGUUCUGCUUCUUCUGGAAGCGUUCCCGCUGAUAGCAAUGCUAGUACGGGCCCAAGCUUUCUGCAAUCCCUUCUCAAGGAGGUUGAGGACUCUUCUGCCCCGGGUUUGACGAACGGCUCGUUGAGAUCAGCCGCUUUCUCGUCGACACGAGGAGAUUCGAACUCCCCAAGACCAUCAUCCCCGACGCAGUCGUCCCUCUCCUCCAAUCGCUCCUCACCUCGGCCGUCAUUUUCCACACCACCUUCGUAUAACAGCAGCAACAGACCAGCCACACCCACCGCAAUAUCUGAUUCAUCUUAUUCCUCUCCCGAAUUUUCACCCUCGUGUUUUCCUAACCAAGAAGAACCAGGGACCGCAGAACAACCUCGGCUGCCCCGCCAAAUGGACCGAACGCGGCGAGCCGGCUACAGCUCAUCGACAUCUCCAUCACGCUCGCUAUCCGAUGAAUCAUCUCCAACACGUUCCUCACUCUCGCUCUCGGUAAAAUCAGAUCUACAGAAAAUGGUGAGCGCAGCUCUAAAACCUCAUUACCGAAGCCGCGGUGUUUCAAAAGAUGAGUACACAGAUAUAAAUCGACGGAUCUCACGAUUUCUCUACGACAAAGUCGGUACUACCGUCGCACUAGAUGUAGAAUCGAAAACUAAAUGGCAAGCUGUUGCCAAGGAGGAAGUAAACAGAGCCAUCGCCAGGCUCAAGGAGUCUCGGGACUUGAAUAAGGCGUGUGAGACAAGUGACAUUGAUCAGGUCUUUUCAUGA